CUUCCAUUCGAAGUCCGGUCAUUUCCGUGGCUUUCCGAAAGGUUACGAUGAGUUACACAGACCGUGCCUUGAAGGUAACCACAGCUGUGUUUGGAGUCACAGUACUGCUCACCGCAGUGUUGCCAGCACCAGAGUUGUUGUCGGCAUGUCUUCCUCGGUGGCUAUGGAUGUUACCCAUCUCGUGGUUUCUGACUUUCCUCUGCAAGACGUUGCUGCUGAAAUUUCUGAGCGAUCCUACGACUCCAUCGGCGGAUCGCCAAGCUGUCCUUAUCACAGGGUGCGACAGCGGUUUUGGUCACGCCCUCGCAAAACGCCUCGACACACUGGGUCACAAGGUCUACGCCUGCUGUCAGUUCCCCGACGGCCCAGGAGCCCAAAAAUUACGGAGCUCCGCCUCGAACAACAUCCACGUUAUUGGUCUGGACGUCACCGACAUCGAGAGCAUCAAAAACGCUCGGCAAAGCGUCGAGUCCACACUAGGGGAACACAAGUUAUGGGCCGUGGUUGCCAAUGCUGGGAUUGCUGUUCACGGAUAUCUAGAAUGGUCACCGUUGACGGACGUCCAAAGAGUAUUUGACGUCAACGUUUUUGGUGUUAUACGUACCGUUCAAGUCUUCACGCCACUCGUGCGGGAAAGCAAGGGAAGAGUGGUCGUUACUACAAGCUUUGCAGGAAGAGUAUCGACGCCAUUUCUUGUGCCAUACUCUAUGACCAAGGCUGCCGUUGUAUCUCUGGUGGAAGGGCUACGCGCAGAGCUGGAUCGUUUUGGUGUUCACGUGGUUUCCAUAGAACCGAACAUGUACAGGACAAACAUGCCACCGAGGACAACCACAGAGAUCGAAAGCAUCUGGCAAAAUCUUCCAGAGGACACCAAGGAAGCCUACGGAAGGGCAUCAAUAGAAGAAGCAGCGGAGCUGGUUCGCAACUUCACGUACAUGUGCGUGGAAGACCUGAGUCCCGUGGUAGCGUGCUUCGAGCACGCUAUUCGUUCGCGGUACCCUCGCGACAGGUACGCUUGCGACCGAGUGGGAAACAUAAUUGCGGCCAAGUUAGUUUCUUGGCUUCCCGAAGAGUUCCAUACUUGGUCCCGAAGACAUCUCAUGGAUAUAUUGACUGUCGAAAAGCGAUUCUGCGACUUCUUCAGCAAGCAAACGUACGGCAAAAAGGAGUCGUAGGGACUAUAAUCAUCGAGAUAAAGAUCUUUUUUUUAAUCAUUGCGGAUUUAUCGUUGUUGCUAUCAUUAAAAGUUUUGUUGAUG